AUGGCAAAGUGGAAGAAUGGAACAGAAGCGGCCUCAUUGAUCAGACAUGUUAUCGAAGAUUUCCGUAAAUCUGGAAUCGACUUUACUUGGAAAAACUCGAAAAUGCAGUUAAUGCAGAAACAGAAAGUAAACACCGAGCAAAGUAAGAAUUGCAUGUUACAUAAUAUACCAAGAGAAGAACAUCUUUCUAAUACAUACCGUCAUUACCUGGCCAGUACAAUGCGCUUGAGAACAUUGCAGGAAUAUUAUAAGGGCGGUGAACGUUCGUUAGAAGAAAGUGCCAGACUUGUUGGUUUGAAAUUGCCUACUUCGAAAUUAUAA